CAAAACCCAAGAAUUAUCCGUUGCCCCGCCUCCUCCACUAUCCACACAACACUCGGCUUAAACCCCUCUUCAAGUUCCAACUCCAGAUGCCCCGGGCAUCCCCGUAGCCUCGCGGCCUCGGCGUCCCCGUCCCUCCAUGGCCGCCCCACCGCCUUACACCCCGCCGGCGGCGGUUCCCCAGCCCCUCGUCCUCCUCCACCACCCGCCAGCUUUGGUCCUCCACGUCCGCCUCCGACCCCGCAGCCUCCGCCUCGCGAGAGCGCCCGCCGCCACGGCCACCGCAGCCGCGGCCUCCGUCGCCCCCGACGACAUCUCGCAGCUCAACUACCGCCUCCGCGCCAUAGUUCGCCGCCGCGAAGGCGCCGCUGCCCAAGGCGCCACCUCGUCCUCCCCCGUCGACCCGGCCCAGGCCGAGGCGUACCUCCGCAUGAUCCGCGACCAGCAGCGGCUCGGCCUGCGCCAGCUCCGCCGGGAGGAACAGGAAGGAGAGGGCGACGGAGACGAGGAAGGCCCCGACGGGGAGCGAGCCAGGAAGGGAGUGGCGGCGGGGAGCUCGCUGGGGCAUCGGGUGGACCCGCGGGAGCUGGAGCCCGGCGAGUAUGUCGUGCACAAGAAGGUCGGCGUCGGGAAAUUCGCCUGCAUCAGCGCCGAGGACGGCGCCGACUACGUCUUCAUUCAGUACGCUGACGGCAUGGCCAAGCUUGCUGUUGACCAGGCCGCGCGCAUGCUCUACAGAUACAACCUGCCUCACGAGAAGAGGAGGCCACGGAAUUUGAGCAAACUGAACGAUCCUUCCACCUGGGAGAAGCGGAGGCUGAAAGGGAAGCUUGCUGUUCAGAAGAUGGUUGUCAACCUGAUGGAACUGUAUUUGCAAAGGAUGAGGCUGGGAAGAUCUCCGUACCCAAAGCCUGCAUCCAUGGAUGACUUUGCUGCUGAAUUUCCUUAUGAGCCUACUCCGGACCAAUGCCAGGCCUUUAUAGAUGUUGAGAAAGAUCUGACAGAAAGGGAAACACCAAUGGAUAGAUUAAUUUGUGGAGAUGUGGGCUUUGGCAAAACAGAAGUCGCAAUGCGUGCUAUAUUCAUUGUUGUGUCUGCAGGAUUUCAAGCUAUGGUUCUUGCUCCAACAAUAAUACUUGCUAAGCAACAUUAUGAUGUAAUGACUGAGCGCUUUGCCAACUAUCCAGAGAUGAAGGUCGCAAUAUUUAGUGGUGCUCAGAGCAAAGAGGAGAAAGAUGAGCUAAUAACAAUGAUUAAGAAUGGAGAUUUACACAUUAUUGUUGGCACUCAUGCCCUUCUUACGGAAAGGAUGGUCUAUAGCAAUCUUGGUCUCCUAGUGGUGGAUGAAGAACAAAAGUUUGGUGUCCAACAAAAGGAGAAGAUUGCCUCAUACAAGUCUUCUAUUGAUGUUCUUACACUUUCUGCAACACCCAUUCCACGUACCCUGUAUCUGGCUUUGACGGGUUUCCGUGAUGCAAGUUUGAUGUCUACACCACCUCCUGAAAGAGUUGCUGUAAAGACAUAUGUGUCAGCAUUUAGUAAAGAAAGGGCCCUAUCAGCUAUCAAGUUUGAGCUGCAACGUGGUGGUCAAGUCUUUUAUGUUGUGCCUCGAAUAAAAGCAAUAGACGAUGUGUUGCAGUUUCUCAAGGACUCUCUGCCUGAUGUACCAAUUGCUGUUGCUCAUGGAAAGAAAUUGUCAAAGAACAUACAACUUGCUAUGGAAGAUUUUACUAGCGGGAAAGUCAAAAUUCUUGUCUGCACACAUAUCAUUGAAAGUGGAAUAGAUAUUGCACAUGCCAAUACAAUGAUUAUCCAGUUUGCUGAACUAUAUGGACUUGCCCAGCUGUAUCAGUUACGAGGAAGAGUAGGAAGAUCAGGUACAGAAGGCUUCGCAUACCUUUUCUACACUGAUAAGUCUUUGCUCUCAAGAGUUGCAACGGAUAGACUCGGAGCUAUUGAGGAGCAUUCAGAGCUUGGCCAAGGUUUCCAUGUUGCAGAGAAGGAUAUGGGUAUCAGGGGAUUUGGAAGCUUGUUUGGUGAGCAACAGUCUGGAGAUGUUGCAAAUGUUGGCAUCGAUUUAUUCUUUGAUAUGCUUUUUGAUAGCUUGUCAAAGGUUGACCAGUUUUGCCUAGUCCCAGUACCAUACAAAGAUGUUCAGCUGGAUAUAAACAUUUCUCCACGUCUCUCUUCUGAAUACAUAAGUUAUCUGGAAAAUCCUGUUGAGUUGCUCAAUGAAGCGGCAAAAGCUGCAGAGAAAGAUCUAUGGACCUUGAUACAGUUUACAGAAGACCUCCGUCGACGAUACGGAAAGGAGCCCCGUGAUAUGGAGUUACUACUGAAAAAGCUCUAUGUAAGGCGGAUGGCUGCAGAUCUUGGUAUCAGUCGGAUAUAUCCAUCUGGCAAGAUGAUAUUCAUGAAAACAAACAUGAACAAGAAGGUAUUUAGGCUCAUGACAGAAGCAAUGACUUCUGAGACACAUCGGAAUUCCCUAUCAUUUGCUGAAAAGGAAAUUAAGGCUGAACUCCUCGUGAAUUUGCCAGAUACCCUACUUCUGAACUGGCUUUUCCAUUGCUUAUCGGACUGCUAUACUGUAAUACCAGCCCUUGUGAAGUACUAGAUUAUUGUUACUAUUUCAUAAGAACUGAAGGCUUCUGCUGCCCACCAUGAAAGGGGACAAUAUGUCCAUGCUUGAAGAGAAUGAUCUAUCAGAGAAAUCAGUCUUGGCUCUUUGAUUCAUCUGUGAUGGAUGACUCUUCGUUAUGUUGGUAUUGGCAGUCAGGCUCUGGCAGGCCAAAGCAAGCCCAUACACACUACUGCUUUAGGAAAAGGUCCGCCAAAAUUGUCAACAUUACAAGCAUACUUCAAUGCUAUACACGAACUGGAGAAUGCUCCACAGACACAUUGCAGUUUUCUACAUUCGCUAACAUCAAUAGGAUGAGUGUCUGAUGCAUAAUUGCUAAAUUCAGGUGCAAUGCAAGUAUGAAACAUGAAAUCAGGAAGCUCAGAGGACCUAGUUCAGAUGUACCUGACAAUAGAUUACAUUUCAAAAUUCUUCUAGGUUUUUUUGACAUGAACUAUCAAAAUAUUGCUCGAGUAGAUAGGGAACUAGGGAUGGCGUUAACAAUAGACCAUUUGUUUGACAAUAAAACAUUAGGAAUUUUUGACCAAUUGGUCAGAGUUAAUAUUUGUUGUAAAUCUAUUCAAACAGAUUGUGACAUUGACAAUAACUAUAAUAGUUGAAAAAAAUCACGGAACUACAAGUAUUUUUAUAUAGGGAGAAUGUAUCCAAUGCACUGGACCCAUCCGUACA